CCUUAAAUAAGAAAAGCUUUAAUUCUGGUGAAAAAUGUUUCCAUUUCCCUUAAAGCAAAAAUGUUUCACAGGGACAUACACUACCCACAACUUUCCCAAGAGCUGUGAGGUGGGGUCAAGGGAAGAGUGGUUCACAUACUCCAAAGGUUGUGUUACUUUACUCUGUCAAGCUUUCUAAUAAUUGAGAAACUCUUCAUUGUGUGAAUUUAACUGUACACAUACUUUUUCAAUCCUGUCUUAUUCUCCAAGCCCCAUUCCCCUCCUACCCUGAUCUAUCCAAGGGCUGGUGAAGAAAAUUUCCCAUGGAUACACAACCUGAUGUAGGCUACAGUUCUGAUUCUUUAAUGGAAAGAAAAGUAAAGACAUGCAUAUGCAUGUGCAGUGAGUGUUUCCCAAUACGUGUAUAGGCUCUGUCAAAAAGGAAGAUGAAGCAUACUUUCAGUUUCGGCCACACAAGAAGGGAGGAGAGAAAAGCCAUGGCUGACAAGGUCCUGAAGGAGAAGAGAAAGCUGUUUAUCCGUUCCAUGGGUGAAGGUACAAUAAAUGGCUUACUGGAUGAAUUAUUACAGACAAGGGUGCUGAACCAGGAAGAGAUGGAGAAGGUAAAAUGUGAAAAUGCUACAGUUAUGGAUAAGGCCCGAGCUGUGAUUGACUCUGUUAUUCACAAAGGGGCACAGGCAUCCCAAAUUUGCAUCACAUACAUUUGUGAAGAAGACAGGUACCUGGCAGGGACGCUGGGACUUUCAGCAGAUCAAACAUCUGGAAAUUCCCUUAAUAUGCAAGACUAUCAAGGAGUACUUUCUUCCUCUCCAGCUUCUCAGGCAAUGCAGGACAACCCAGCUAUGCCCACAUCCUCAGGCUCAAAAGGGAAUGUCAAGCUUUGCUCCCAAGAAGAAGCUCAAAGGAUAUGGAAAGAAAAGCCGGCAGAGAUUUAUCCAAUAAUGGUCAAGUCAAGCCGCACACGUCUUGCUCUCAUUAUCUGCAACGAAGAAUUUGACACUCUUUCUAGAAGAACUGGAGCUGAGGUUGACAUCACAGGCAUGACAAUGCUGCUACAAAAUCUGGGGUACAGAGUAGAUGUGAGAAAAAAUCUCACUGCUUCGGAAAUGACUACAGAGCUGGUGGCAUUUGCACACCGCCCAGAGCACAAGACCUCUGACAGCACCUUCCUGGUGUUCAUGUCUCAUGGUAUUCAGGAAGGCAUAUGUGGGAAGAAAUACUCUGAGCAAGUCCCAGAUGUAUUACAACUCAAUGCAAUCUUUACAAUGUUGAAUACCAGGAACUGCCCAAGUUUGAAGGACAAACCGAAGGUGAUCAUCAUCCAGGCCUGCCGUGGUGAGAACCAUGGUGUGGUGUGGUUAAAAGAUUCAGCAGGAGUUUCUGGAAACAUAUCUUUACCAACUACAGAAGAGUUUGAGGAUGAUGCUAUUAAGAAAGCCCACAUAGAGAAGGAUUUUAUUGCUUUCUGCUCUUCCACACCAGAUAACGUUUCUUGGAGACAUCCCACAAAGGGCUCUGUUUUUAUUAUAAGACUCAUUGAACAUAUACAAGAAUAUGCUUGUUCCUGUGAUGUGGAGGAAAUUUUCCGCAAGGUUCGACUUUCAUUUGAGCAGCCAGGUGGUAGAGUACAGAUGCCCACCACUGAAAGAGUGACUUUGACAAGAUGUUUCUACCUCUUCCCAGGACAUUAAAAUAAGGAAACUGUAUGAAUGUCUGUGCGCAGGUACAUGUGUAUGGUCGGGAGUGUGGGAAGGCUGAGGAAAGGGUACUGACAGUCCAUUUUAGUCAAGAACUCUAGGUCUACAGGCUCAGAAUCCUUAAUCCAAAAUUUUGAAUUUUGAAAUGCUCUAAAAUCCAACACUGUGUGAGCGCCUGCAUGAUAUUCAAAGGAAAUGUUUAUUGAAACAUUUCAAAUUAUAGAUUUUUGGAUUAGGGAUGCUAAACCAGUAAGUAUACUGCUGAAUUCCAAUAUACAAAAAUAUCUGAAAUUUGAAAUACUUCUGGUAGCAUGCAUUUCGGAUAAGGGAUAAUCAAACCAUAAUAUGAUAUACAGAAAAUACUGAAGUAAUGCCUUUCUUCUGGUCAGUGCAGAGCAUGUUCCUCUUCUGCCAAAGUUUUUCAUUUAGACCCCUUCUGAGAUUCAGCUGACUUUGGUCCACAAGUGGCUGUAAGACUAUGAACCCUCACUUUUAGAUGUUUCUGUCCUUCACCUCAGCAGGGUAUAUUUAAACACAGCAUGUGGUCUUUCCUUUUAAAAUUGUGUAUGUUCCCAUUGGUGGUAUAACUUUAUAACUUGCAUGUCUUUAACAGAAUGCUUUCCUAUGUUUAUUUAUUUUUAUUUAUUUAUUUUUCUCAUAGGAAGUGAAGAGAUCCUUCUGUAAAGGUUUUUGGAAUUAUGUCUGCUGAAUAAUAAACUUUUUUUUAGCUAAUAAAUCUGUUAGAAAAAUGAAAACUUGUCCUCAGUUUUCUAUCACACUGAAGAAACAGGGAUUGGAACUUAGAGCGACUAAGGAAUUUGGAGUGUUCGACUUAAUCUGUCAGACCCGAACUGGCUAUUGGCACCUUUCUUUCCCAGAACUUAAAGUAAAAUAAAAUAUAAAAAUUAAAAAAAGGAAAAUCAGACUUACAAACAUAGCAAUGUUAUGAAUUACUUUCUUGAACAAAAAUUUAUUUUGUGCCAUUUUUAAAAACAGUAAAAUAAUUUGCUGGGCUUUCUGCCUUGAGGAUGCGAUGUAAGUUACAGCAGGUGUCUGACUUCAAAUAAUUUAGAGUUCAGCAGGAGAGAUGGGGGAAAACAGCUAGUUUUGACAGUGACAGUGUAGUGUGGGAUUUCCCAAAUCCCACAGUUUACUACUGACCAAUCCAUGAACAGAACUUGCAUGUUUCUACCCUUUGCAAAAGUAUUUAAGACAAAGAAAUCAACACUAGACCCUCAGUAGUUCACAGACUCCUUGAAAAUGUAGGACAGCCAUCCAAAAUGAAGCACUUGGCAAAUGGCUCAUGACACCCUGAAGAAAAUCUAGGAUGCAUGGUGUGCACAAUGAAGUCCUGGUAUGGUGCAGAGAAAAUGAGUUUGGGGUGACAUCAUUCACUCAGUGAUGUUAAGAUUUAGGGAUGAUUCGAAGAACUACCCCUCUACUUGCAAAGAGUUUUUUCUAGUAUUAAACAUAUUAAAUGAGAGUUAAUUUCUGACUUUUUAAAAACCUUCAUAGUUGAACACAUUACAGUCUCUCUCUUUCUCUCUCUAUCUCUCUCUCUCUCUUCUUUUUUGCCUUUUAUUAACUGUUUUUCUGGGCAUAUUUAUUCUGUACUAUCAUGCACAUUCUACUACAACCUGAGACUACACUGUGAUCAGUCUUUGCUCAGAGAAUAUCAAAAAGCAGAAGUGAAUUGUCACCCUCAGUAAAAAUUAACUGUUAAAGCAGUUUUAGUCAGUUGAAGAACAGCAUUCCAGGAACUAGUUAAGAGGAUUCCUUCAGAACUAUCUCUAAUCAAAGGGUAAGAUGACAGGGAGAUGGGGAAGAGAAGACUCCAUCGUGAUUCCUCAGCAGAGUUUAAGCAAGAAAUACAUGUAUUGAGUAGACAACACUUUCCUUAUUUCUUUUUGUUGUUGUUGUUGAUUUUGUUGAGUAUCAGUUGGUUGUAGGUGUGUGGCUUUAUUUUGGGGUUCUCUAUUGUGUUCCCUUGAGCUAUGUGUCUGUAUUUUGUACCAGUACCUUCCUGUUGUGGCUACUGCACACUUCUAGCAUAACUUGAAGUCCAGUAACGUGAUACAUCCAUCUUUGUGAAAAGCAGUUUGGAGAUUUGCCAAAGAACGAAAAAAAGAACUAUCAUUUGUCCAAGCAUCCCAUUACUGACUGAAUCCUCAAGGGAAAAUAUACUGUUCUAUCACAAAGACAUGUGCUUUCAUGUUUGCCACAGCACUAUUCACCAUAGCCAAAAUCAUAGAAUCAACCCAGGUGCCCAUCAAUGGUGGACUGGAUUUAAAACAUGUAGUACACACUUACUAUGGAAUAUUACACAGCCAUAAAAAUGAAAUCCUGCCCUUCGCAGAAACAUGGAUGCAACUGGAGGCCAUUAUUCUAAGCAAAUUAAUGCAGAAACAGGAAAUCAAAUAUCAUAUAAUCUCACUUGCAAGUUCUAGCUAAAUACUGCAUACACAUGGACAUAAAGAUGGGAAUAACAGGCACGGGAAGCUACUAGAGGGAGGAGUAAAGGAAGAGGGCAAGAACUGAAAAACUAUGUACUGAGUGCUAUUCUCACUACCUAGGUGAUAGGUUAAAUUGUACCACGAACCUCUGCAUCACAUAAUAUACUCUUGUAACAAGCUUGCAUAUGUACCCCUGAAACGCAAAUAAAAA